AUUAUUAAAAAUUAUAAUAAUAUAAAAUUUAUAAUUUUGUAAUUUGUUCUAAAGUAAUGUUAGCCGCUAGGUACCUAACAAAAUAUGAAGCAAUUUUAAAAUAAUAUGUAAUUUACAUAAAUCGUUUACACAUACGAAAUUGAUCGCUAAACAAUCUCAGGUUUGUUAAAUGUUAUGUUAUAAAUACAGACUACCUAUGGGCUAUGAAAACAUAAAUCUAUUAUUAUUUAUUACGUUGGAUGCCCGAUGCGGGAUGGCAAGAACAUUGAUAACGUAGACGGGUCCUCGUACCGGCUUAUCUGUGUUUAUUAUGUAUUCUAAAAUACAAAUUUCAAAGAACAAAUUGCUUCUGCAGUCUUUUCAAUUUUUGACAAGUAUAAUUUAAAUCUUAAACAUUUAAGAGGACAAUCGUAUGACAAUGCCAGUAAUAUGGCAGGUAUAUAUAGUGGAUUACAAGCAAGAAUUAAAAAGUCAAGUCCACACGCACAAUUUGUUCCUUGUUCCGCACAUUCACUCAAUUUAGUUGGCACAAAUGCUGCAAGUUGUUGCCAAAAUGCGGUUCAUUUUUUUGACUUACUUCAAAAAUUAUAUGUAUUCUUUUCAUCUUCAACUCAUCGCUGGAAAAUUUUAAAUUCCAAUGUAAAAAGUUUAUCAGAAACAAGAUGGUCAGCUCGAGAUGAUGCUUGUAAAGCAUUAAAUACAAAUAGAGGAUUCAUCAUAAAUGCUCUAGAAAAAAUUGAACAAGAUGUUACAGAAAGACCAGCUACCCGAUGCGAAGCCAAAGAUGAAGAAUAUAUACGUUAUUUAAAUCUGGCAAUUUCAAUUUCAUCUGGACAUUUUAAGAACACAGUAAACAAGCGCAUAAAAAAAGGAAAACAUUCAGUGACGAAAAUAUAGAUGAUGAAGCCAGCAACAGUGACAUAAAUUAUAAGAUAAGUACAUAUUUUGUUAUCUUAGAUAGAAUCAAAAAUGAGCUAGAAAAAAGAAAAAUAGCCUAUGAUCAGUUAUUCGAAAAGUACUCGUUUUUCUUUCAAUUGGAAAAAUUGAACAGCGUAGAAAUCAGAGAACAGGCAAAAUGUCUUCAAGAUAUAUAUGUUGAUGAUUUAGGAAGUUCUUUUCCCAAUGAAUGUGUUCACUUUAAGUCACAUAUAAAGAACCUCAAAGUUGAUGAAAGACCAAAAAAUAUUCAGCAAAUGCUUAUAUUUAUCAAAAAUAAUGAUUUUUCUGAAAUGUAUCCUUACAUUGUUAUUACGUUAAGAAUGUUAUUAUGUACACCAUGUAGUAACUGUUCCACUGAACGGUCUUUUUCAGCUUUAAAGAGAGUUAAAUCAUACCUAAGAUCAAAUAUAAAAGAGGAAAGAUUAAAUGCGUUGGCAAUCCUAAAUAUUGAAAAUGACAUUACAACAAAACUAAAUUAUAACAAUGUUAUUAAUAAUUUUGCUACUAGACAAGCACGUAGAAGAUUUUAAAAGCUGAAAAAGACCUUUUGGAGGAAAAGUUUUUAAAUAACCUCAAUGUUUGAAUAAUGUUCAAUAAAAUUGCAUAAAUUAUUAUUAUUA